AUGGACAACGCUGGUCUGCCAGUGACCCGGUCAACGACCACAGCGGGACGACCUGCACGACAGCAUCACUGGGGCGGCCUGGAUUACCACAUCGGCCUGGACGACGGCAUCACGGGGCGACCUGGACGACGGCAUCACGGGGCGACAUCGACGAGGACACGGGGCGACCUGGACGACAACAUUGGCGCACCUGAACGGCAACAGCGCGUCAACUUCCUAUUCCCCCGCGUCCUCCGCGUCGGACGCCCCUUCCUCCGCGUCGGACGCCCCUUCCUCCGCGUCGACGACUCGUGCCUCCGCGUCGGACGCCCCUCCCUCCACGUCGGGCGCCCCUCCCUCCACGUCGACUUCCCAUUCCUCAGCACCGACAACCUCUUCCUCCACGUCAACGACCGCGUCUGGUAUUGGUCCGCUAACGCUCAGACCGUCUUCGGAACCGUGGUGGCUAUCGAGCGGCUUGCGGAUGGCACCCAAUUGCUGGUGAUCGAGCGCGACACGGGCGGGCGGGUGACUUUCCCCGCCGAUACGAUCUUUAAGGUUACUCACUAG